UCCAAAGAGACGACAUGAGGGUGCCUUAUUUCCCUGCAAGAUCCGUGCUCUUCCACAAGGAGCCAAACGGGGUCACCUACAGGGUGCCAGCACUGCUCUACCUGCCCCACUGCAGCUCCUUCCUGGCCUUCUGCGAGGAGAGACUCACCCCGUCUGACUCCCAGGCACACCUGCUGGUCAUGAGAAGGGGCACCUUCUACAGGAACUAUGUGGAGUGGGAGGGCAUGCACGUCCUCGCCACGGCGUACCUGCCAGGUCACCGCUCCAUGAACCCGUGUCCCGUGUACGACGAGUUCACCGGCACCGUCUUCUUGUUCUUCAUCGCCAUUCUGGGUCACGUCCCCGAGUCCUUUCAGCUGGCGACAGGGAAGAAUUUAACUCGCCUUUGCUACAUCUCCAGCACCGACGACGGCGUGACGUGGAGUCCGGUCACUGACCUCACCCAGCGGGUCAUAGGAGACACCAUUAAAGAAUGGGCCACCUUCGCCCUGGGCCCGGGUCACGGCAUCCAGCUCAAGUCCGGGCGCCUGCUGGUCCCCGCCUACGCCUACCACAUCGAGUGCAAGCAGUGCUUUGGGAAGCUGUGCCAGACGGCUCCGCGCUCCUUCUGCUUCUACAGCGACACCCACGGGCGAAGCUGGCGUUUCGGAGCGACCGUGCCGGGCCCGGAGAGCGUGGAGUGUCAGGUGGUGUCGGUGGACGAGGAGGACGGCGCCAACGUGCUGUACUGCAACGCUCGUAGCCGACUGGGCUUCCGGGUCCAGGCCCUCAGUCUGGACCAUGGCGCCACCUUCCAGGAGGGGCAGUUGGUGCAGCGGCUAGUGGAGCCUAGAAACGGUUGUCACGGUAGCGUGGUGGGAUUUCCGGCUCCCCUGCAGUUGCACACGCCCGCCCUCAUCCCGGACUCUCCGGACUUCCUCACCCCCACCUGGGUGGUGUACUCCCACCCAACGUGGACCAGUGCUCGCAAGGAUCUGGGAGUCUUCCUCAGCCUUUAUCCCCGGGACCCCGACAGCUGGCGCGGACCCUGGGUGAUCUACGAGGGUCCCUGCGCCUACUCGGACCUGGCCUACAUGGAAUUGCCGCCCUCACCCGGCGCCCCGCCCGCCGUGGCCUUCGCCUGCCUGUUUGAGUGCGGCGUCGGGACGGCCUACGACCAAAUCUGCUUUUGCGUCUUCACCCUCUACGAGCUGAUCGAUCAUCUCCCCCCGGGUGACCGCCUUAGGAGCUGUGAUUAUAAAGAAUGGCGAGCCCCCAAAGUCAGUGAAAGCAGACGUGACGGUCUUCACCAUGUGUCAAGCGUGAAGAGGAGGAGGAGGAAGAGGCUUGGUCACUGUUGCUGUGUGUCUUAG